AUGUUCCGUAUGCGACGUUUCCGCCUGUUUGUCCUAAUUACAGUCAUUCUGGUAGGCUCUGUAUACGAGCUCUACCACCUCAACAACUGGGAUGUUCCGGACUUGGAGAGUCUAGCCGGCUUGCACGGCUUCAAGAACGAUGGCCCUCAAGCCCCCGUGAACCCGGACCAGGGCGUGCCUGUGCCCGUACCUCCGCCAGCACCUCCUGCCUCAGGUCCUCCACCUGCUGAACCUGCUGCGCCCGAGCAACCUCCCCCAGCAGACCCCAAAGUCGAUGCCGCGCCACCAGCCGCGAAACCAGAAGAGCCAGAAACGCCGAAAAUAGAAUCAGCAAAGCCGGCCAAGCCCAGCAGCAGUGCGACGUCAACCUCCAUCGCCUUUGCGGCACAGAAGACCAUCACCGGCGAGGAGUUCCUAAAGAAGCAGCCCCAGGAUUUCGAACUAUCUCAGCAAGACCAGGGGCGCCUGGACGUCAAACCUUGGCCGCAAGACAAGCCCAAAGCAAGAUGGCACCCGCAGAGCGAACACUUCCCUGUGCAGAAGGUGAUUGGGAUGCCCCCAGGCGAGGCGCGAGCCCUGCCAAAGAUUCAGCACAGCUUUGGUUCGGAAUCUUCAACCACCAAGAAGGAUCGUCUCAUGAAGCAAACUGCCGUUCGUGAAGCGUUCAAGCAUGCUUGGAACGGCUACAAGACAUAUGCCUUACCUCAUGAUGAACUGAAGCCCCUCAGCAAUGACACUGCAGAUCCGUUCAAUGGGUGGGGUGCAACCUUGGUUGACUCGCUAGACACAAUGUGGAUGAUGGGUUUGCAGGACGAAUUUGAAGAGGCUGUCGGAAACGUCACGAAUAUCGACUUCAAGACGUCAACGCGAAAGGACCUUCCACUCUUCGAGACGACCAUUCGCUAUUUGGGAGGUCUGCUUGGUGCUUACGACAUUAGCCAGGCCAAGUAUCCAAUCUUGCUUGAGAAGGCUGUGGAACUCGCAGACGUUAUAAUGGGUGCCUUCGACACGCCCAACCGAAUGCCCAUUCCGUUCUACCAAUGGGCCCCUUCCUAUGCUUCGCAACCACAUCGAUCAAGUUCGCAUAUUGUCAUGGCCGAGCUGGGCUCUUUAGCUGUCGAACUCACGAGACUGUCGCAGAUCACGAAAGAGGAGAAGUACUACGAUGCCAUUGCUCGAGUGACCGAUGCCCUCGAGGAGUGGCAAGACAGCACGUCUUUUCCUGGAGUUUGGCCCGUGAAGCUGGAUUCAUCAGGAUGCAAGAAGCCCAAUUUUGACUCGGAUCAUUCGCUCGAUGGUUCAACAGCAAAGGGCAACGCUGGAGGUCUUGCUAAGCGCCAGAUGGACGACGCCCCGAAACAAGAACCUAAGACCGAGAAGCAGGAUAAGCCUGCAGCAGGUGAGGUGGGGAUCGAGGUGGGGAUCGGGGAGGAGCCGGCUGAAUCCGUUUCGCAUGGCGAAGACGAUGAGGAUACCUUCAGCAUCGAUUGCGUCAAGCAGGGUCUCGCACAUGAGCCCAACGCCAAGACGCACGUCUACAGUAUCGCCGCCAUGGCCGACUCAACCUAUGAGUACUUCCCCAAAAUGCACGCGCUGCUCGGCGGCCGUACUCCGCAGUAUCGCAACAUGUACCUCAACUCCAUGGACACGAUCCGCAAGCACUUCCUCUUUCGUCCAAUGAUCAAGGAUGAGAAGCGCGACGUUCGCUUUCUCGCCAAGCAGAAGAUCCGGCCAAACCCCAGAGGCAAUGAGAAGAAGAGGGAGACUGACUACGAGGGAACGCACCUUGGGUGCUUCGUUGGCGGAAUGUUUGCACUGGGGAGCAAAGUCUUUGACACUCCGUCCGAUAUGGAAAUGGCUGAGAAGCUCACUGACGGAUGCGUGUGGGCCUAUGAGUCCACGCCGCUAGGCAUUAUGGCGGAAGAAUUUCUACUUACACCCUGCGCGGACGAUAAAGAUUGCCCUUGGGACGAGAAGCGCUGGCACGAGCACCUGGAUCCUAACAAGCAAGAGCGUUUUGAAGCGGUGGAGCGGUACAACGCACAACAGAAGGCUUUGACAGAGGGUACAACGCCUUCCAGCGAAGAGAGACUCGACCCUGCGAGCAAGUCGAAGAGACAAGACAUGGGUGGCUCGAUCUCAAACCCCGCCCCCAGCAGGACAUUGAACGUGGAGGAUGAGCAUCAUGAAGAUGCAGGCUAUGGACACGCACAUGCUGCGGACUCGGGGGCGUAUUUCAUUCCUAAGGUCGCGCUUUCGCAUGAGAAAUACGUUGCCGCUCGAAUCAGCGAGGAGAGACUUCCCCCAUCGUACACGAAGAUCAAGAGCCGUGCAUACAAGCUACGGCCCGAAGCGAUCGAGUCAGUCUUCAUCAUGUACAGAUUGACAGGCGACCAGAAAUGGCGUGACAAGGGAUGGGCGAUGUUCCAGGCCGUCGAACCUGCGGCGAGAACUGGUGCCGGGCACGCCACGGUCAGGGAUGUCACUAGUCAGUUGGGCGAGGUGGAGGAUACUAUGGAAAGCUUCUGGCUGGCAGAAACGCUCAAGUAUUUUUGGCUGCUGUUUGCGGAAGAAGACGUGCUGAGUCUGGAUGAGUGGGUUUUGAAUACAGAGGCGCAUGGCAUGCGGAUACCCAAGGCUGGUCAGAUGGGUUGA